CCACAAGCCACUCUUUUCCCAAGUUUGAGGCUUAGGAUUCUACCGGGUCAGAUAUAUUGGGAGAGCCAGCACCUGCCUCUGCUUAAUGAUAAGAGGUAUUCUGGGUAUCCAUGGCGUACAAAAUCUUGACAGGCUUCGCAUAGGCGUGAGUUCUCGUUUCUUUGGACACAUCAGGGCAAGGAUAUGUCCCAGUCCAAAACACAAUACACAAACCCCUUCCGAAGAUACUUCUCCCUCGAUCCACGUUACAGAGCGUCAGGUGGUUACCGGAUCCCCGCAAAAGCCCAAACGCAUCGAAACGGAAGCCUCCGAAGAGCUCUAUAGCUCAGACGGCAGAGCUUCGCAGAGCUUAACGGCUAAUGCUUUGAAAUCAUCUGUGUUAGCAUUAAAGAGAAAAAAUGUGAAUGAUCUUUCCCUAAAGACCAGAAGUGUUACCAUGCCUCGGAUCUAUGUUCGUGGCCUCACAGACAACAGAGGCCGCAGGCUUGAGGUGAUCAAAGCUGCAACAAACGUGACUUUUGAUAUUCAAGACGAUUCUGACUGCUCUCUGAUUGUUUCUCUACACAGUUUUAGUAGAGCUGAGGUGGACGCUGGGUAUGCCUUGCUAGCAUCCAUGAUUGCUGAUUUUGACCGCAGCCUGGUCAACAUCCCCGUCUCAUCCUCGGUGCUUCGUCUAUUGAUUAGACAUAAGGGAGAGCUAAUGAGGCGGUUGACAAAGGACACAAAAACACAUAUGGUGUUGCACAACGAUCCUCAGCCUUCCAUAACUGUGUUCUCAGUUUCCCCUGAGCACACCGGCCGUUGCGUUACGCGGGUUCAGACCUAUGAAAGUAACCGGAGGGAGAUAAAAUUUCCGGCGUAUCUCCGCCUGGGUUUGAUCGGAAAGGGGGGGAGUAAUAAAGAGGAUAUUGAAAAGAAGACAAAGACUGUAAUCUUCCUCACCGUCCUGGGCUCCGAGACUGAUACUCUUUGUGCCUUAGGUGAAACUCGCGAAAACGUUGACUGUGCCAUAACCAUGGUGGAACAGAUGAUUGUUCAGCUCAAAUGCAGCGCUCAGUAUAUAUACCAGUCGUCUCGAGAGGAGGGUCUUACACGAACGAUCCCGAUUCCCGCUAGUUUGGCCCGCCUCUUCACCCACAACAAGUUUGAGAUUCUCAAGACUGUAGAGAAGGUUUCGCUGGCGGUGGUGGUGCUAGAAAAACCCCUGGUCUCGGGGAAACAAGCGUUACAAGUUCAGGGGGAUGUACGGACUAUGGCAAAUGCAAUCCAGGCAUUGGCCAAAUUGAUAGCCAAGCACACAGAGUCUUGCGUCCAAAUUCCAAUCCCAGAGGCGUAUAUGAGUGGGAUCAUCGGGCAGGAGGGUGCAAAUAUCCGUAAGAUCAUGCUGGAAACGCAGACUUUUAUGACAGUUGAAGGAGGAAAGUCCCUAGUUAUUUAUGGAGAAACUUUCAAGGCCAUUCUCGCCGCAUCCGAAGCGGUCAGUCUGUGUUUGGCUCGCUUUCAGAAUCUGACAGCCCGUCUCAGUGUACCUGAGGGGCUUUACCGCCAGUGGGUGGCCCGCUCAAACGGCGCGACGCUCCAAAGAAUACGAAAUACCACCAAAACGUACAUCUUCCAACCACCAAACAGUAAAGAUGUGCCGAUUCUCAUUUAUGGUGAAUCGCGGGAAUCGGUUCAUGCCGCCAAAUCCACCAUCGCCAAGAUUAUGGAAGCGUAUAUUCUGUCUUGCCAGACGGUUAGUUUCCCCUCAGCAAUGCGGUCUGCCCUAGUUGGUAAGGCGAGAAGUGGACUUGUCGAGAUUAUGGAUAAAUCAGGGGCAUUAUUGGUGGUAGAUCUAAGUGAUCGAAGAGUUAGGGAGCAGCUGAUUUAUGUCUACGGGUUGCGAGCCGAUGACGUUAACGGCGCCGUGGCCCUUCUUAAUGAGAAGAUGGCGAAGUUGAAACGAGGCGAAGAACGUUUACGGUAUAACGAUUACGAAUAAAUUAAACGAUAUGAUAGAAAAUAUUUGAUUGUAUAGGCCGAGGGAAUAAGUGACUGAAACGGAUAAGGGUUGGCUUCAUGACUGAAAUGGGAAUUAGGAUAGUGCAUAAUUGAUUACGAGUAAAAUACAGCGGGUAUCUGGGCAAGAAGGAUCAAUCGAAAUUAAGGAAUAAUCGGUGAUGGAUGAACUGUUAGGUAUC